GCACCCGGGGCUGAGCUGGACCAGCGGAGCCCCGCAGGCUGCUGGGUGCCGGCCUGUGUGUGCUGUGCACAGAAUGGACGGCUCCAAAGAGGACUUUAACCUGCAGCUCAUCCUGCUCACCUUCAAGCAGUGUCUCAACGAGGAAGAGGAAGUGCUACUGGACCCCUACCUGGAAGGCUGGCGGGGCCUGGUCAGGUUUCUCAACAGCCUGGGCGCUGUCUUCACCUUCAUCUCCAAGGACUUGGUGGCAAAGCUGCAGAUCAUGGAUCAGCUGCGGGCCAGCCCUCAGCAUGAUCAGUACCGAAGCCUGCAGUCCAUGGUGGCCUACGAGCUGAGCCACCAGCUGGUGGACCUGACGGGGACCUCGCGCCACCCCAGUUCCGGCUGCCGCACAGUGCUUCGCCUGCACCGCGCCCUGUGCUGGCUACACCUCUUCCUGGAUAAGCUGCGCACCAGCGCCCCAGAGGCCAGUACGGCCGUGCUCUGCACAGAUUCCUACAAUGCCACACUGGCCGCCCACCACUCCUGGGUCAUCCGCCGUGCCGUCACCCUGGCCUUCUGCGUGCUGCCCAGCCGCACGGCCUUCCUGGAGGCCAUGAACGUGGGCCCACCCGAGCAGGCUGUGGAGAUGCUGGGCGAGGUCCUACCGGUCAUUGAUCGCGUCUUCUGUGUUACUCAGAAGCUUUAUGAAGACAACGCACUGCUAAACCUGCCCUAGGCCAACCGGGCUGGCAGUGGGGGCAGCAGUGUCCAGUGGGUGCCCCCAAGAACUGGGCAUGUUGGGAGUCUGCACUCAAAGAUGCUGCUGCCCGCAACCUGGCAGUUGUAGGUCAUGACAUCGAGGGCAGGUGCUGCCUGCCGGCUCAGGCUUCUCUGUCCUUCACGCUCGCACUUUGGCGUCCGUCUCAGGCCAGCCUUGCCCGAGUGUGACAUGGGGCAGGCAUCACUGUGCAGAAGCUGCCAGGAACCCCGGUUGUGAUCACACGCAGGACGCAGAUGUAAAUGCCUGCUGGCCCCCAUGGCUGCACGCCCCUCUCUGCACUCCCCAGGACACCCACCGGCUCUCAUGGGACGCAAUGGCCACCGUGGUCCCUCCUACCUCUCGCAGAGUAGCCAGUGCUGUCCUGAGCACUAAGGGCAGAGCAGCUGGAGCCAAGCCUGUUUCACUGCUCAGUCCCACAGCUGCCCACAGGGAUCCUGGUGGCUGCCUUGCUGCCCCAGCCGCCUAGCUGCUGCUCACUCCUGCCCUGCCCCCUGGGCCCCACCCUGUGUGCCACAGACACCAGGGGACCUAGGCACGCCCUAGGGUGGGGUGAACUCCUGGGGCCCCUGGGAAAGGAUCUGCGUGUGUUUUUCCAUCACAAAUAAAUGUGGUGUGUGUACA